ACAGGUUAAAACAUAAGUGGGCUGAGCAAAAGCCCUUUGUGUGUUCAGUUUGUCUGAGUCAGAGGAAAAGGGGGCGGCUGGCGCCUUUUUUUCAGAAAUGAAACUGAAAGCACAGAACAGUUAAUCCAACAAACAAAGAAGGAAAGGAGGCAGGCAGGCAAAAAUACACAGAACACCAGAAAACGAGCACCAGACAUGAGCCUCCAGGUGUGUGUCUGCGGCUGGUCUAAGGUGACGACCUACCAUGGCCUGAGAAUUCACCAGGGGAGGAUGGGCUGCACCCCGAAGGGCAUGAAGGUUGAAGAGGACGACCAGCAGUACAUGUGGGGAAAUGUGGGAUGUACGAACCAACUGGAAUUCAAGCUGGAUGCCUACUUUGCUGUCGACAUAACGCAGUGCUGCUCAAACACGAGCCUGCAGGUUUGCCAUUACUGUGGGUGGUCCAAAGUGACGACAUACAGGGGCUUAAGAAUUCACCAGGGAAAGAUGGGAUGCACGCCGGAGGGGGUGAGGAUCCCAGAGAAAGAGCAGCACGACUGGAAGUUGAAGGCUGAAAGGAAACAUCAGCCAACGAAGAGAGCAACCGUCAAGAAGGAGAACACACCACUGCCACCGAGCACCAGAGUCCGCACCAGCUCUGCAGCAGCAACAGCCAUGAUCAAACAGGAACACAAGUCACCUUUUUCAGAUCCACAGCACUCUUCACAAAGAGCCACAAAGUCACGCCGUCAGUGGCAGGAUUUCCCCACCGGUGCUCAGAUGGAGACAUCAGCCAGGGAGCCUCCAGCACCAGCUUCCCCAGUGAGAGUGGUCCAACCUCCAGCACCAGCUUCCCCAGUGAGAGUGGUCCGACCUCCAGCACCAGCUUCCCCAGUGAGAGUGGUCCGACCUCCAGCACCAGCUUCCCCAGAGAGAGUGGUCCGACCGAAGGAGAAAGACUGGAGGGCUAAAACGAUAUCACAGAAAGCGGAUGGCAGAACAGUGGCAGGAAGCUGGAGCAACGAUUUUGCAACAACAGCAGCCAGAGUCAAGGAGGAGCCCGAAUCACCUUUAGCAAUCCAACAAUGGUCUUCUUCAAGAGCCAAAAACUCAAACUCAGUCUGCCGGCCGUAUGAUUGGGCCGCGUCUUUCCAGGAUCAGAAUAACAUGUUGGUGAGGGAGCACCCAUCUGUUCCACCUCCGGAGAAAGAGCAGCACGACUGGAAGUUGAAGGCUGAAAGGAAACAUCAGCCAACGAAGAGAGCAACCGUCAAGAAGGAGAACACACCACUGCCACCGAGCACCAGAGUCCGCACCAGCUCUGCAGCAGCAACAGCCAUGAUCAAACAGGAACACAAGUCACCUUUUUCAGAUCCACAGCACUCUUCACAAAGAGCCACAAAGUCACACCGUCAGCGGCAGGAUUUCCCCACCGGUGCUCAGAUGGAGACAUCAGCCAGGGAGCCUCCAGCACCAGCUUCCCCAGUGAGAGUGGUCCAACCUCCAGCACCAGCUUCCCCAGAGCGAGUGGUCCGACCUCCAGCACCAGCUUCCCCAGAGAGAGUGGUCCGACCUCCAGCACCAGCUUCCCUAGUGAGAGUGGUCCGACCUCCAGCACCAGCUUCCCCAGUGAGAGUGGUCCGACCUCCAGCACCAGCUUCCCCAGAGAGAGUGGUCCGACCGAAGGAGAAAGACUGGAGGGCUAAAACGAUAUCACAGAAAGCGGAUGGCAGAACAGUGGCAGGAAGCUGGAGCAACGAUUUUGCAACAACAGCAGCCAGAGUCAAGGAGGAGCCCGAAUCACCUUUAGCAAUCCAACAAUGGUCUUCUUCAAGAGCCAAAAACUCAAACUCAGUCUGCCGGCCAUAUGAUUGGGCCGCGUCUUUCCAGGAUCAGAAUAACAUGUUGGUGAGGGAGCAUCCAUCUGUUCCACCUCAGUUAGCACCACCCCAACCACAGGAGAGAGACAGGAAGACUUUACCACAGGUGAAGCCUUUGGUCAGAGAGCGUCCAACAACCUCCCGCCCGGCAGCAGCAGUCCGACCUGAGGAAAUACGCAGGAAGGAUCAAACAUCACCACAGAAUGUGGCAGAGUCACUGAGCAUCAACUCUGCAGUCAAGGUGGAGCCCAAAUCACCAGCUCCACAGCACUCUUUCCCAAAAGCCACAAACUCAAAACCGCAGGAUUUCUGCGCUGCCGUGCCGGCAAACGGAUCUCGCGGAGAGCGUCCAACGACCCCACCUCUGGCAACAGUAUCCCAGCCUGAGGAGAAAAACAGGAAGGAUCGAACUAUGUCACAGGUGAGGGAUGAGAGAUUUAAAUCUGAAUUACAGCAGAAAAUACAGCUAAGAGAGGAAAAAAUGAAUGAAAUCAGAGCACUGGAGCGAAGCCCUGAGACUGUCCCAAACACAACGAGUACCAACACCCAGUCAAAGUCUGCAGCAGCAGCAGCCACGACACGGGAGGACCCCAAAACCCCUACAGAGAGUGAAAGUUCAUCACCUGAUUUCUCAGCUGGCAUGAAGGUGAAGGAAUUGGCCCAAAUGUUUUCAUCUGCCACAAGCCAGGAAGCGGCAGUCCAACCAAAGGGGAAACACAGAGAGGAACUCAUACAGUCACAGGUGAAGCUUACAGACCAAAAGCUUUCAGCUACCACAGAGCAGGAAACAGCAGUUCAGCCAAAGGAGGAAGAAAAGGAAGUUCAAAGCGUAUCACAGAAUGUGUCCGAUUCAACAAGUGCCACCACCCAAACGAAUCCUCCAUCAGCAGAGGCCACAGCUGAGCAGGAGGAGGAUCAGAAAUCAUCGUGUGAAGCUGAACAGCCCUCAGAUUUCUCCACUGGUGUGAAGGUGAAAGAACUGGCCCGCAUGUUUUCGGCUACCGCCAACCAGGAAACAGCAGUCCUGCCUAAGGUGAUACAAAGGGAGGAACGAAAACUACCACAGAAUGUGUCCGAUUCAACAAGUGCCACCACCCAAACGAAUCCUCCAUCAGCAGAGACCACAGCUGAGCAGGAGGAGGAUCAGAAGUCAUCGUGUGAAGCUGAACAGCCCUCAGAUUUCUCCACUGCUGUGAAGGUGAAAGAACUGGCCCGCAUGUUUUCGGCUACCGCCAACCAGGAAACAGCAGUCCUGCCUAAGGUGAUACAAAAGGAGGAACGAAAACUUCCACAGGUGAAGCUUAUAGCCCAGAGGCUUUUAGCAGCAGCCCAGGAAACAGUCGUCCAACCAAAAGACAAAGACGAGACGGAUCAAAGCAAUCACAGCGGACGCAAAGCUGGAUCCAACCACCGCACACCAAUGGGGAGAAAGUGAGUAAUGGAGGAGAGACCCAGGAAGCCCCAGAGAGGUUUGGCAGCAUCCUGGGGCCCAACAGGUGGACCUGUGGGAAGUCAUACUGGGAGGUUGUUGUCAGGAAAAAGAGCAGAUGGGAUCUGGGCAGAGCAAAACAUGUUGCUAAGGGAAACUCUUCCUGGUAACAGUGGAGGAGGGAAACACACUGAUUCUUUGAUUAUUUCUGCGAACUAUGAUGUAAUGUAUAUGCAUAUGAGUUUCUGUUUCACUUUGCUUCAGAGAGGAUAUCGCAUUUUGGGAGUCAAGAACUUGUGUUUGCACUCUCAGUGUUGGUUAGCAUUGUAGCACUUUUGUUAAAGCGACAUCGUGUUAAAGGGGAUACUCUUCAAAACGGUCCAAAGCUGAGCAUCUGAUGCAGCUGAACUGUGUCUUUUGUUUAAAGAUUUAAGCAUUAAUGAUGAGAAUACUAAACUUAACGUGAUUUUUUUUUUAAACGGAUGGCUGAGUUCAUGUGUCUGUUUAAGAAAACCUUCUUUUUGUAAAAAUGCAUGCUUUCUCUGUAAUCAGCUUUGUGUUUCUAAUUAAAAAAAUUUCGUUUCCUAUCAGGCUAAUCUUUAAAGUGACUACUGUACUUUUCUGGUAAAAUGAAAAAUGAAAAUAAAUAUAGCACAUGUGUACCUUC